CAAGAAUGUCGUCCUGUGGGACGCUAGGUACGGCGGUCCCAGGUCAAUGUGCUCGCACUUCGAGCCCUCAGCCUCACAGCAAGGGUGGGAGGACCACCCAUGGACUGUCCCCCAUUUGCAGAUGAGCACUGCAAAUCAUUCAUGAUUGUGAAGUUGCCUAUGCAGAACGGCUUUUAAAAGGAGCCUCGUAAGACUCAGAAAAGCAAGAAUCGAAUCCUUGGAGGUUUUCCUCUCAAACUCUGCUCGUCGUGUACAUCUCUCGAAGCAGAACCCUCCCUUCGCCAUGGCUGGCGCCGCAUGCAUCGCAUCCUCCCCUGCUUCGAUUGCCUCUGCAAUCGGAGCUUCUGUGCAGCGCGUCGUACAGCAGGAGCGUUCGCAUGGACGUGUGCGGGGGCGCAUUGGGCCUGGGGUUGCUGCUUCUGGCUGGGCUGGCAGCAAGACUGCCUUCCUGCACACCCGGCAAUGUCCCAUGGGGGGAACAGCAGGCAAGAUGCCAGGAGCUGCCAAUGCACGGCGCAGCGCAGCUAGAGCUGCCCUGGCAGAGAGACAACCUGCUACAGCGGAGGCGGCCCACCAGCUGCCCGCUGCGUCGGAUGCCCCGCUUGGCCUGGACGUUGACACACUGCAGCUGGCCCUGCAUUCUGCGCUGCUGUCAGCACUGGCGUACAAGAGCCCCGUGCAAGUAGAGUACCUGCGCCUGCGCGCCAAUGGCAAAUCCCAGGAGCAGGCGCUGAAAGUCAUCGAGGAACAGGCAGGCACGACUCCUGCCGAGCUGGGCGACCCAGCCAAACUGGAGCAGCUGGAGAAGGAGAACAAGGAGCGCGGUUUUACCGACAUCCUGACGCAGUUCGAUGAGCCAUCGCAGUACUUUGACGGCAAGCAGAGCCUCUUCAUGAAGGCCACCGUGGCGUACGUGUUCUUUUGCCCGACGCCCAAGGGCCAGCGCAAUGUGCUGUACUGCGUGUUCCGCGGCACCGAGGGCCUGGAGGACAUGGUGGCCGACCUGCAGCUCGCGCAGGUGCAGAUCGCGCCGGAGCCGCCCGCGGGGAACCCCAACCUGAUCGGGGACAUCAAGAAGAUCAUGCUGCACCGCGGCUUCCGCGACCAGUACGUCGCAGUCGCCACCGCGCUCACCAGGAACGUGGAGGCUGCUGCGCGUGCGGUGCUGCACAGCGGGGAUUCGGUCGCCUCUGGCCCCGCCCGCCUGACGGACCUGUUCAAGGCCAAGGUCGCCAAAGAGGCCGCCAACGACAUCGACGGCUUCGAGGUCGUCGUCACAGGCCACUCUCUGGGCGCGGCCCUUGCGACGAUUGGGUCGUUCGUGGCGGCGCUGGAGCACCCGCAUGUGCGCGUGCACUACUUCGGCUUCGGCAGCCCGCGCGUGGGCAACAGAGCGUUCGUGGAGGCGUUCCGCCGCGUCAUCAGCGGCCACGCCGUGCACUUCGCCAACCGGAACGACAUCGUGACCGGCAUCCCCAUCCCGCCGCUCUACAUGCACGUCCUCGGCGGCCACAUGCUCGACCAGGCGGGCAGCAAGGUGACCGCAUCGGCGUUGCAGGACGAGACGGGCGGCCUGAGUUCGACGGCGCAGUGGUUCGCCAACUCGCUGCAGUUCGUGGGCUGGUUCCGGAAGCAGAAGGACACCGUCCUCUGGUCGCAGCACGACAUGGGCCUCUACAUCGCGCGCGUGCGCGCCCUGCUGCAGCAAGCCAAGGCCGGCAAGUGAUAUAAGCAGACGAGACGAGUAUUUAUAUGCCCCGGUAACCGCGAUGCAAAGCGGAAUGGCGCCUUCCGGACUGACACCGGACUGUGUUUGGAGUGUGUUUGCUGACAGCUGAUAUAUAUACAUGUGUGAGAAUAGUUUCCAUUUUGAGUGGGGUUUGGUCUACACAGUUAGAAAUUAAGCGUGGGAUUGAGCUGCUCUGAGCUAGGUUGAGACGCCGCUUGAAACUCAGCAAUUCGAAACUUUACAGAGGAUGCGCGCGUCGAAAGUUUUGUGUCUAACGCUGACAAAGGAUGAGCGAGUCUUUGGGCGGAAGUUUGAAGCUUUCGAUUGCAGAAUUGAAUACUUAUAUAGGAUACUAUACAAGAGUAAUUUACAUAGAAUACUUGUUUGAUAAAUGCAAGGCGCUGACAACGCGGCCUCUAAAUCUGUACAAAUCCGAAAUACCUUUGAGGGUCGAGCUAGAGGUGGUUAAACCCGGCACUUACUGCAGACCGUCACUCAAAGUAUAAGGGAACGGUUUGAAGCUAGGGAAGCUAAGAAACGUUUGUCGAUUUGUGAUGCUUGGUGUGCUAAUAAACCCCUACUGGGCAUAAAGUCUUUAGCUGCACUCUGCUCGUGCGGCGGCCCCUUGUAUCCGCUGCACGUCCCAAGCCGCUCGACCACUUUUAAUCAGGCAAAAUACACGAUGC